CUCUCUUUAGCUCACACGAGCGCGCGCACGCACAACAGAAGGAUGUCAAAGGAGUGGAGAGGGCUCUGAGCUAUGAGUGAUUAUUAGUGGCGUGGUUUUGUAGUUAACAAUGUUUUACCUCUUAUCUUUAUCAUGAUAGUGAAUUAGAAAAAAGUUAGGGCUUUAUAUGACGUCAGUGGUAAAGGUAAUACGGCGUGGCUCAAGUUAGACGUCAAGUUCAAAAUACCUGAAUCGACGCGUGGCGUCUUUUGUCGAGUAACUUAGGAUACACGAAACUAUGAAGACAGACGCACACAGUUUUACUCUGCAAUUCAGAUUUCCUUAAAGGUGCCCAAGGUAAACGUUUUAAUAUAAGAGACGACGCUGUGAAUCCUUCACCAUCAAGUCACAGAAACGCCUUAUAAUGAUGUAUCGUGCUUUUUGGGAUACAAUAUUCCUUCUCACCGGAUCCCUUUUUACAUAUGGGCAGGUGCAAGAGAAUUCUACCUCAACAUCAACCAUUGCAACCACCACAACAACAGCUACCACCACUACCACAACAACCACCAGCAGCACGACCUCAACCACUACUACUUCACGUGUCAAAAAAUUUAUAGCAGCCGCUGUCCACUCUCACUUUGAUGACUGCCCUGACUCCCAUAGCCACUUCUGUUUUCAUGGCACAUGCCGCUUUCUCAUACUGGAGGAAACACCUGCAUGCAUAUGUCAUCCUGGCUUUGUGGGUAUGCGAUGUGAACAUGCAGACCUCUUGGCAGUGGUGGCAUCUAACCACAGGCAACAGACUGUGGCCACCAUGCUGGUGUUGUGUGUGGUGGGCAGUGUUCUACUCAUGCUGCUGUGCACUUUACUAAAUUGUUGGUGGAGACGGGGUGGUUGUGGGCGAGGUAACACCAUUUCGUGUUGGUCGGAGAAGCCUAGGAGUAUUUUGACGGGUGGGACAUCCUGCUGUCAUUCAGAAACAGUGGUUUGACAUGCGUUUUCUGGAGCUCAUGCAGGUGCUCUCUUAAAAAUGAGACCAAAAAAUCUUCCAUCUUACUCGUGGACUUCACUAUGACUGCGUUUCUUAAACUACAGACUGGCACAGCUGGUAAACGCAGUACAUAUUGAGAGCAUUUUGAAGUGGAAAGUGAGAGAACUCAAACAUGGAACUUUACAUUCAGACUGAGUCAUUCCUAAAAGGAUAUUUUUGGAACAACAACAGCAAUGACAAGAGUUAAAGGUGGAACUCAAAAACUGAGAAACUCUUAAAGAAGAACUCAGAACAAGCUACAUGGAACUCAACUACAGGAUCCAGUGACGUAGAGACAUGGCCAUUUGGAAUAAGGUACGGAUCGAUGGCCCAAAAAAAAAAAAAAAAAACCUGAUCUGAAAAUGAGAACUUUGAGAGAGGUUUUAGAAAAAUCAUUAUUACUAACAGGGCUUAUCUUAAAGCUAUAAUUAUCUUUAUAGAUGUAUAAGACAACAUUCUCGCAGUCUUUGUCUUUUAAAAUACUGUUAGCAUAAAAAACACUAAUAAUAUGCCAUUAAUGAGAUGUGAAACUCACUAAAAAGUACUUUAAGAUAUACUUUUUAACAAGUAUAUAAUAUCACAUUUUCUGUAUCACAUUAUGGAUAAAGAAUGGGAGAUUACUUAACAUUUGAGUCAGUCAAGUAGCAUGUAAUAUUAAAACUACAAUAGACUCUUUUGCCAAUUUAUUUGAGCUUGAUCUCCUUAUAAUGUUGAUUAACAACUUUUCAUAGAUUAACAGUAAACAUGAGACACUAUAGCCGGCUCUGAGGGACAAAUAAUUUAUUGUACACAUUAUAACACUUUUACCGUAAUUACAUUUUUUAUUUUAUAUAUAUAAAAAAUAUUGGAAAUGUAGGAUGUAAACAUUUACAAAUAUGACAUGUAACUUAAAGUUAUGCAUAGAUUCACAAAUCCCACAAAAAAAUGUCUUCAUGCACAGAAAGUGCUUGUUCGUAUAAUGUGCUAUCAAAGAUUUGGCAGCAUCAGUAGAGUAAAUGGAUUAUAAUGGGAGCCUCAGUAUGUUCACUAUUUUUAGCCGUGGUAUGACAUCACAUAACAUCUGCAUGUUCACAUAUGGAAUGAUUGGAUGCAUGUCUGAUCACAUAAUUACACACAUUUCACUGUGCUCUUGUGCAGUGUACAUUUCAAACACAUUGUGAAUACAGUCACCUUUAAAUCUGCACCUAUGUUUUUCACGAUGGAUGUUGGUGAUGGCUAUAGUGCAUCAUUAUUCACGCACUUGAGGAAUAAAACACUUCACUGUAUCUUAAUUGCUUAAUUCACUAUUAUCAUGUUUAUUGGGGCACACAUAUGCAUACAGAGGCUCAAAUCAUUAUGAUAUUAUUCAGUUUGAUGCACAUUGUCCUUAUCAACUUGUGCUUAUAAAGAUGUAUGGAAACUUUUACACUGAAAUAUUUUAAUCUGUAUGUUUGUUUUGUUCUCGUGUUCUCUGUCCUCAAGCUUUUGCCAAUCUCAUGUUAUAAAACAAAUGUUGAGUGACCCUAAAGGUCAGAAGGUUUAUGUAUAAAAUAUGCCAUUGUAGGUUUUAUUCAAUCUAAACCCUUCUCAGAAGCUGGAAGAAAAAAAAAAAAAAAAGAAUUUGGUGGACUUAUAUUUGGCAGUGUUACUGAAGUCUGAUCACUGUGUGAAGAUUCAUGAAAUAUUUGAGAUAAUUAUCCCAAAAGUCAUCCAAGUGACAAAUCAAAUACUUAGACUGUCAGCAUAGGCAACAUUUGUGAAUGAUUUUGAUCAGCCUGAAAAAAAACAAAACAGAUUCAGGAUGAUUUAUCUGUUUAUUUAUUGAUCUACGUGACUGAUCCUGAUAUUUCACUUAAUUAUAAACAUAAGGACUGAAUAUAAACUUCACAAAAAAUAAGUGAAUGAGAGUGCAAUGACAGAAAAGAAAAUGUGGGUGAGUGUUAAACCUCAGAUUUUUCAAAUGUAAUUUUUUUUUUUUUUUUUUUUUUUUUAUCUUUAUGAGAGGAGUUUGGUUAAAAUGGUAAAGUAAGCAUUGGGAAUUUCAGGCUGAAGAAUUUUGUAACAUGCAGUCAUUGCAUAAUUUCCAUAUGUGAAAUUGCAGUCAUCCAUGAAGAUGAUGAUGAUGUCAAACUUAAAGACUAACGGAUAAAUUGGCCUUAGCACUAGAGACAAUGCUCAGUGUUGCAUCUCUUGCUUUGUGCCAACUGAAUCCUGUUUAAACCCAAUUAGCUGCUUAUUGACUGACGUUUGUGUAUGAUAUAAUGUAAACACCAUCCGUCGUUCUCUUUAAAAUACUGUCUUGUUCCAUGUUGGGGAAAAUACAUUGUGGGAAUAUUGUUUUGGUUGUACUGUGUAUGAAGAAUGUGGUGUUCAUCAGUCAAGCAUGAAGGUAAGAGUUAGAUAAUUCCAAUAUGACUGUCACAUGCUUUGCUGUAUGACAUUUUGUUGAGUGUUUUGACCUCUUUGUCUAAGUUUGCAUAUUUUUCCAAAUAUCACAAAGUGCAGCAAAA